GCGGGACUGCGCACCAACAAGCGGAAGACGUCAACUUUCUUGUACUUUCACUGAACUGAGAUGUCUGUUCGAAUGCAUUCUGUCACACACAGGUCUGACCGUGGUAGGUUUCCAGAAGUCACUUUAGGAUCAGUUGAGGACACACUAAAGGAAGAACCAGAGAAGGACAAUGCUGAGGGAGAAGCAUGUUGCCAGUGGCUCCGUAGGGUCUGCUGUUGUUGCUGUCCAAAGCCAAGUGAUGACGACGACAUCACAGAUACGGUGGUCACAGGCAUUGAGGACGGUGACAAGGAGGACGGGUUGGAUGGUGACAAGCCUGUGAAUGGCGAUAGCGAACUUGCCGAACUCCUGCUGAAGACGCGGUCAGUCGAUCUGAUAAAAACCAAAGUGGGACAAAAUCGCAAGGAGCAUCACACAGAUCGUUACCAUGGCAACAAUCUCAUCAUCCGUCGGGGACAAACUUUCCAGAUGUGGCUUGACCUCUCACGACCUUUUAACCCCAGCACUGAUAAACUUCACCUUGAGCUUAAAACAGGACCUCUGCCAACAGUGUCAAAGGCGACCCAUGUCAUCAUACCACUGGUGAAAGAGUUGCAGGAUGAUCGCUGGGAGGCUAAAAUAGUGAAACAGGAUGGCAAUAGGUUGAAGCUGUCUGUGAACUCUUUACCAAAUGCCAUAAUUGGGAGGUAUCAACUCACUGUGGCAACAAGCUGCCCAAAGGGCGAGGCCACCUCUACACAUGACCCAUCCAAUGAUAUCUACAUGUUGUUCAACCCAUGGUGUGAAGAAGACACAGUGUUCAUGGACGAUGAAGACGAGAGGGAGGAGUAUGUUCUGAAUGAUGUCGGUAGAAUUUACUACGGCACAGAGGAACAAAUAGGAGCUAGAACAUGGAACUAUGGACAGUUUGAUGAAGGGAUCCUCGCUGCUUGCCUUUUCAUCCUGGAAAAAAUUGGAGCAUCUUCAUCUGGUUGGGGAGACCCUGUUAUUGUGGUCCGAAUUGUUUCUGCCAUGGUCAACUCCCCUGAUGACUUCGGUGUUUUAGAAGGGAACUGGUCAGGGAACUAUUUAGGUGGGACAGCCCCAACAGCAUUCAGCGGCAGUGUGGAAAUCCUGAAGAGCUAUCACAAGAGUGGAGGCAUACCUGUCAAAUAUGGCCAGUGCUGGGUCUUUGCUGGUGUUACUACAACAGUCUUGCGGUGUUUAGGCAUUCCCAGUCGAACUGUGAGCAACUUCAGCUCCGGCCAUGACACCGACAUCUCCUUGACCACAGACAUCUAUUUCGAUGAGAACCAGGAGCCUUUAGAGCACCUCAACACUGACUCUAUCUGGAACUUCCAUGUGUGGAACGACUGUUGGAUGGCUCGUCUGGAUUUGCCGCUGGGCAUGGGAGGCUGGCAGGCUGUUGACGCCACUCCUCAGGAGACAAGCCAGGGAAUCUUCUGUUGUGGUCCUGCAUCCAUUUGUGCCAUCCGCAAUGGUCAGGUGUUCCUCAAAUAUGACUGUCCUUUUGUCUUUGCUGAGGUGAACAGUGAUAAAAUCUUCUGGCAGAGGAACCUGGAUGGAACAUUCACUCCAGUUCACAGUGAGAAAAAUACUGUGGGCCGCUCCAUCAGCACCAAGGCUGUGGGCUCUGAUGAACGCAAUGAUAUCACACACCUCUACAAACACCCCGAAGGCUCAGAAGAGGAACGCAUUGCUGUUGAGUCAGCAAGUCGCUAUGGCUCCAAGCCAGAGGUCUAUUCCUAUCCUACAGCAGAGGACGUCUCUGUAGAGGUGACCAUGGGUGGUGAAGGUGCUCACAUGGGAGGUGAUGCACACCUGAGCAUUACGUUGCGAAACAGCAGCACGCAGCAACGCACCAUUAUCCUCCACAGCCAGGUGGCAGUCAUGUACUACACUGGGGUCCACAAGGCCACUGUCAAAAAGGAUAGAGCAGAAAUGGAACUACUGCCCAAUGAAGUUAAGACUCUGGAGUGGACUCUUGAGUACAAACAUUAUCAGGAACAACUGGUGGACCAGGCUGCUUUGAUGCUGACGCUGUCAGGAAGGGUCACUGAGACGCAGCAGGUUCUUGCCACACAGUUCAGUUUCAGAUUUAGGACUCCAGACCUCAUCAUAAAGCCAAUCGGGGAGGCUGUGGUAGGGAAGAAGAUGGCAACGGAGAUCUCCUUUACUAAUCCGCUGCCACGCGUGCUGAAAGAUGUAAUGCUGCGAGUGGAAGGGCUUGGUCUGCUGAGUCUUCGAAAGAUUGCCAUUGGUGAUAUUGGCAGUCGUGCUUCUAAGUCUCUGACCGAGCACUUCACCCCCACCCUGCCCGGACCCAGGAAGUUACUGGCUUCACUGGACUGCAAACAGCUCACCCAAGUUCACGGUGUGGCUGACAUCAUUGUGAAGGAGACUGUCACUCCAUAAAGACUUUUUUGGUCAUUUUAAAAUUGAGGUGCUUUCAUACUUGAUAUAAAGGCAGCGACAAUUGUAAGGUUUUUAGUUUGUGUCCAAGUCUACAUCUCAUCCCAGAGAGGACAUUAAUGAUGUUCACAUCCCUUCUCCCUAAAGUCACAACACUGCCAUGUGCACAGAGGUGACAGUGAAGUGCUGCAAUUGCUUUUAGUUUUAAAAUCAAGUUUACCAACAGAAUGGAGAAUAUAGUAUAUCAAAAAUAUAAGAUUUACAUGUUGCAAAUAUGAUUAUAUUUCUAACAGAUAAUAUAUUAGAACAUUUUGCAUUUUACUAAAACCAGUAUUCACCAACAUAAAGAUCUGUUUUACUCAUGGAGCUCUUGUAGCACCUUUGUACAUAGACGGUAUAUGAUAUUAUUAUUAUUGUUAUCAUUAUAUACAGCUCUGACAGAGUGGAGACUACAGUGUUUUAGCCUAAUGCUACAUGGAAAGUUUACAUGAGAGGUGAGUUUUGUAAAAGUAUUUUUUUGAAUUUAAGUUAGUGAAUGUAUUUAUAACUAUUUAUUUUUGUUCAUUUCAGAAUGACUUAAACAUAAACAGCUAAGGAUUCAAGAUUCUUAAAUGUUGUAAUUUACUGACAAUAAAAAGCAUACUGUGUG